AUGAAGAAGCUCCGCAGGCAGGUAGAUGGUUUCUUCUCUUUAAAACUGGAUAUUUCUAAGGCUUAUGAUCGUUUAGAAUGGCAGUAUUUGGAGGCAGUUCUGUUGAAGUUGGGAUUUUGUCCGAAUUGGGUCAAGAUUGUGAUGAAUACAGUUAAGUCAGUCAGUUACUCUAGUCUGAUUAAUGGGACUCCAACAGGUUUUAUCUUACCUACCAGAGUCAUUCGACAGGGCGAUCCGCUCUCCCCAUACCUCUUUAUCCUCUGUGUUGAGGGGCUUUCAUCUCUACUUACUUCUUCUUUACAGCAUGGGUUGAUAAAUGGUUUGAAAAUGUCUCCUACUACACUUAUCCUUCACCAUCUGCUAUUUGCAGAUGAUAGCUUUUUAUUUGGUGAGGCCUCAGUUGCAGAAUGCCGAGCCUUCAAGAAUAUUUUAACAUUGUACGCAAAGGCUUCUAGUCAGCACAUUAACCUGCAGAAAUCCAGUGUAGUGUUCAGUGGUAAUGUUAGUCUUCCUCAGAGGACUCAGCAGUUAGCGGCCAUUUUGGGUGUAGAAUGUGUAAAAGAGCAUGGGUUGUAUCUAGGGCUCCCUAUACAUGUUGGGCACAACAAGAUGACCAUUUUUGCCUAUUUGAAGGAGAGACGCACAAAAAAGCUCAUUAGUUGGCGCGCUAACUUCAGAGUGUCACUCUAUGAUGAUCUUCAACAACUUUGUUGUUGUCAAUUCUUUGGGGGUAGUACUGAGGAUAAACGUAAAAUCCAUUGGAGAUCUUGGGAGAGAAUGUGCCUUCCAAAAGCUAAAGGAGGCAUGGGUUUCAAACAUCUCCAUGCCCACAACCUGGCCAUGCUAGCAAAACAAGGAUGGCGUCUCCUUACCCAACCCUCGUUUCUUGUGGCCCAGUUUGCUUCCACUUCUGUUAGAGACCGGUAUGGUCCGGUGUGGUGGGAUCUGUGGAAGGCCAAAGUCCCUAGUAAGGUCACUAUCUUUGGGUGGAGGGCAGUGCAUAAUCUUCUUCCUACUCGUGCUGCUUUGUCCACCAAAGGGUAUUCCAGUGAUUUGCAUUGUGUGGUCUGCUUUAAUGCUAUUGAAACUGUGGAACACUUAUUCUGCCAAUGUCCCUUCAGUACUGAGAUCCUAGGUGCUCCUCCUUUCUAUAUUCCACAUUCAUUCGUGUCCUGGAAGGAUUGGUUUCUGGAUAGAGCCACUACUAUGACUCUCGAGGGUUUUGAUAAACUACUUGUUUUAAUGUGGAGUCUCUUGAGGAAUCGGAAUGAUAAGAUGUGGAGGGAUCGCUCACACACAGGGCUUGGUGUUGUGGCCUCUGCCAUGGCCUGGUUUGUGGAGUAUUCGGAUGCUAUAGAGCGCAGUCGACUUUCUCGUAGUAAGACAUGGACUGCACCGAGGGAAGGUAUCCUCAAACUCAAUGUAGAUGGAGCAUUCCUUCCUUCUAUUCAGUAUGGCGGGACGAGUGGAGUGUUACGGAAUUCUCACGGGGGUUUUAUUGCUGCCUUCUCGCACAGGUCAUAUUUUGUCACCUCUUCGUUGCAUACUAAACUGUUGGCACUCAAGUUUGGUUUGGAGUUGUUGCAGGCCUUGAAUGUUACAAGGGAGGUGAUUGAGAGUGAUUGCUUAAAUGCAGUUCAGGCCAUUAAUUCUGUGGCUGGGGACCUAUCUGAACUGGUAGCUUUGAUUGCUGAUAUCAAAGGUUUAGUGACUACCAUAGGGGAAGUGACAAUCUGCUUCUCUCCUAGACAAGCAAACAUGGUUGCUCAUUGUCUAGCUCAUCAUAGUUUUGAAUCAAAUGUCCAGCUUGAAUGGUUUACUACUGCUCCAGAAUUUAUACUGGAUGCCCUCAUGUACGAUUGUAAUCGUAUCUAG